AUGGUGGCCAGCUCGGCAGGUCUACGGUUCCUGUUGAUGAUAUUCUUGCUGUUCGGCGGGAUCACACACAGCGCCUGCAGCCCAGAAGCGUCGUGGGUGGUGGGGCUGCGACUCGAAGACCCGGUGGGUCCGGUGUGCAUGAAGGAUCGGAUCAUCUCAGCGCCGGAAGGAGCCAAGUUCAAGCUCCGUCUCUUCGGGGCUAAUCUGAAUGGAAGCUGGCCGAAGGUGGCGUUCGCGGUGGCACCUAGCGGAGCGGUGGGUGAUGCCCCCGACCCGUGCGAUGAGGAGUCCAACCGGCAGAAGUCCUCCUUCCAGGUGACGACGGACCUGGUCCCGGAUGAGGAGUCCAGCGGGCUGCUGACGGUGGAGGUGCAGCAGAACAGCACGGAGGGGGAGGCGGACAGCCGGGACAGCUACCACCACCUGUGCGCGCUGAGCGGGGAGAAGUGGGCUUCCGUGGGCCUGGACAGACUGCGCGUGAGCCGCGACACGAGUCCGGAAGGGGACUACAUCCCGCCGUGGGGUCUGGCCCUUGUGGUGGUGCUGCUGCUGGUGCUGUGCGGGCUGCUGAGGACCGUGAACCUGAGCCUGCUGUGGCUGGACCCCGUGGAGCUCUACGUCCUCCACAGCUGCGGCUCCGAGGAGGAGAAACGAGCCGCCAAGCGCCUGGAGCCCGUCAGGAGGAGGGGGAACUUCCUGACGUGUUCUCUGCUGUUCCUCUGCGCCGUGGGACACUCGGUCCUGGCCGUGCUGCUGUACCGGGCUCUGGGCUCCAUCGUGUCCGCCGUGUUCGUCAGCGGCUUCCUCGUCUUCUUCCUGGCUGAGCUGCUUCCUCACAUCCUCUGCUCCGGGUACGGCUUCCAGAUGGCCCCUGCGCUCACUUGGCUAGCCCAGGUCUGCAUGGUGCUCUCCUGCCCCCUGUCCUGCCCUCUGGGGCUGAUCCUGGACCUGGGCCUGGGGAGGGACAUCAGCACCUGCGGGAUAAGGCAAAGAGCCAUGGAGAUGAUCAGGGCAAGCGUCAAUGACCCCUACAGUGAGUUCGUAAAGGAGGAGUUCAGCCACGGGAUGCUGCGUUCAAAGACGGUGGAAGACAUUCUGACUCCUCUAAAGGACUGUUUCAUGCUGCCCAGCUCGUCCGUUCUCGACUUUUCCACCAUGUCGGAGAUCAUGCAGAGCGGGUACAACCGGGUGCCCAUUUACGAGGAGGACAGGUCCAACAUUGUGGAAAUCCUCUACGUGAAAGACUUGGCCCUGGCGGACCCUGAGGACUGCACCCCCAUGACCACCAUCACCAAGUUCUACAACCACCCGCUGCACUUCGUCUUCAACGACACCAAGCUGGACGCCAUGCUGGAGGAGUUCAAGAAAGGUAAUUCUCACAUGGCCAUCGUUCAGAAGGUGAACAACGAGGGGGAGGGGGAUCCUUUCUACGAGGUGCUGGGUCUGGUCACCUUAGAGGACGUCAUCGAGGAGAUCAUCAAGUCGGAGAUCCUGGAUGAGUCUGUUGGUUACUUGGACAGGAAGGUGAAGCGUCCCCUCGCUCCUCUGGAGAUCCCUCUGGAGCCCCGUAGCAGCCACGAGGAGUUUUCCCUCUUCAAACCUCCUGAGGGAGAGGCGAAGGUCCACACGUCGCCACAGCUGCUGCUGGCCACACAUCGUUUCCUGUCCAGAGAAGUGGAGCACUUCAGCCCAGCUCGCGUGUCUGAGAAAGUCCUGUUCCACCUGCUCCGUCACCCCAGCGUCAACCAGGAGGUCCACUUUGACCACAACAACCGGCUGAGCCCGAUCCACUACCUGUACACACGUAACCACCCGGUGGACUACUUCAUCCUCCUGCUGCAGGGCCGUGUGGAGGUGGAAAUUGGCAAAGAAGGGCUGAAGUUUGAGAAUGGUGCGUUCACGUACUACGGCGUUUCUGCUCUGACGCUGCCAUCUUCAGUGCAUCAGUCUCCAGUGUCGACCCAGCGGCGCUCUCCCAGGGAUCUCUUUGAGUCAUCAGACGCCACCAGCCCGUCCAGCUACUGUCCCGACUACACAGUCCGAGCUCUCACUGACCUGCAGCUCAUACGGGUGACACGUCUUCAGUAUCUGAACGCUCUCAUGGCGUCCCGUGUCGGGCAGAGUCCCGAUCCUCCAGAGAUCAAGAUUCUGCCCAACAGUCAGACGAAGCUGCUAAAUGAGAGAAACGCCGCACAAGGUGGCAGCAGAGCCCAGGAGAGCUCCACAGAAGAGGAGGCUCAUGGGUAGAAGAGUUCUGUCUGUCCUCUAUUUAAAAGACAGAAAGCAUUAAACCACGUACAUCUUUUUUUUUUUUUUUGUUAUUGUUAAUUUUCGUGUGAUAAAUAAUCUAUGGCUGGAACUUAGUUGUCGGGAGAACUCCGGAGAAGAUGUCUUUUAUUUUUGUAACCAUUUUUGUUGUUGUUGUUAAACCUUCUGCUCAUCUUCUCCUCUCCAUCCUCAUUCCUUUCUUUGAUUUCAGU